CCACCGCCGCCUCGGCGGGCGGCCGGAGGAGCGGGGCGCGGGCGGGGGCGGGUUAAAAGCGGCGGCAGGUGAAUGGGGAGGGACCUUAAAGCUCGGGGCCGGAGCGGCUGGGGCCGCCCGCUCCGCAGGCGCCAGCGGAUCUGGGAGCGGAGCAGCGCGCCCGUCUCGUCCCGCGUGUCCUGCCCAGCCGUGCCGGGUGAGGGUCCGGAGCGGCUUCCCCGUGUCCUGCCCAGCCGUGCCGGGUGAGGGUCCGGAGCGGCUCCCGCGUGCCGCACCGGUAAAAGGGCACAGAAAAGAAGAUGGACUGGGGAACUCUGCAGGCUGUUUUGGGAGGUGUAAAUAAGCACUCCACCAGUAUUGGGAAGAUAUGGCUCACAGUCCUCUUCAUCUUCCGUAUCAUGAUCCUGGUUGUGGCUGCAGAGAGAGUCUGGGGAGAUGAACAACAAGAUUUUGUCUGCAACACGCUUCAGCCUGGCUGCAGAAAUGUUUGCUAUGAUCACUUUUUCCCUAUCUCUCACAUCAGACUCUGGGCCCUGCAGCUGAUCUUUGUCUCCACACCUGCUCUGCUGGUGGCCAUGCAUGUGGCUUACACCAGGCAUGAGAAGAAAAGGCGGUUCAGAAAUGGUGAGAAAAUUGAUAUUGAAGAGCUAAAAAAUGAAAAGAUUCACAUUCGGGGCCCCCUGUGGUGGACAUACACCAGCAGCAUCUUCUUCAGGAUCGUCUUUGAAGCUGUCUUCAUGUACGUCUUCUAUUACAUGUACGAUGGUUACCAGAUGCCCCGCCUGGUGAAGUGCGAAGCUUGGCCCUGCCCCAACACUGUGGAUUGUUUUGUGUCUCGGCCCACUGAGAAAACCACAUUUACUAUUUUCAUGCUUGCUGUGUCUGGGAUCUGCAUGAUGUUGAAUCUGGCUGAGUUGUGCUACCUAGUGAUAAAAAUUUGCAUGAAAGAAUCCAGGAAAACAACAAUUUUGAAAUAAGUCCCCAGUUUCAGGAUUUACUGGCUCCCCAUUUCCCUUAAAUUUUUUUAGGUGUAACAAAACAAUAAACAAUAUUUUCACACUCAAGGAAAAGGAUAAAAAAAAUGAUCUUUUGUGUUUUAAAACUGUUAGCCUCCCUGGGAAACCGAUUCUGAGGCAGGUUUUAAAGAUCAUAAGCUGAUUCAGUAUUCCUGCAUCUGCAGUUAGAGAGAGCAGUUUUCUGGCACCAGCUUCUCCAAGUAUGCCUGCUGCUGGGAUCCUAUUGUUGGGAUGGUUAACUCUUCAAACAGUGGGAGUGGAAAGGACCAGAGAAAGCUCUAGAGCCCAAAGGAGAUCUAGUAAUCACAAACACACUGUGUUGGCUCAGAGGCAAAAUAAUAUCAAAGGUUUUUGGUUAAAAGUGGGGUAAAGGAUUGUUUUGGGGCACAUCACAUCUGGAGAGCACAAAAAUGGUGUAGAACCACAGGUACUCUGUCAGUGCAUGAUAUCAACUUUUCUGGGCACCAGCAUGUUUUUUUCUUCUCAUCUUCUUGCCUGUACUGAGAAGUAUUUCCUUAAUGGCUGGGGGUAGCAAGUCUCAACAGCCCGUGAACACCAUUAGGUCAAUGCUGCCUCCUCAUAGUCACAGAGACUACAGCAGUGGGAGGAAUGAAGUUCAUUUUCAUUCUCUAGAUCAGAUGAGAAAAAGGAUUGUCACUUCUGGGUGAGUGAAGGCAGUGAAACAGUCUUCCUCCUUCUCUUGUUCUCCCCCGAUAUGUUGUGAGAAAUCUCAGUACAGUAGACUUUACCUGAUGGAGAGACAUUUUACCACCUGUGCCUCACUCAGCUAUAUACUUUUAAAACUUUUUUUUUUUUUUCCAAUAAAAAUCAAGAAAAAAACCUUUCUUCAUUCUUUUGGUUAUCCAAAGGAAGUGCUUCAACUUGCAGCAUGAUAUCCGGUGUUCCUUUCAUUGCUCUUUUUUUUCUAUCUAGCCUGCACAGCUUUACUUCAUAAAACCUUCUCCCUGAGGUACCUUUCAAAUGAGUUGAGCAAACCACUCCCAGUCUCUCUGACAUUCCACAUUGUGAGAUUAAAUCACCAUUCCUUUUCUUAGAGUUGGUCUAGCAGGAAUUACAGACAGCUUGCAGAGCUAAAAUAGAAAAGGGACCAAAUCAGAAAUUAGGAGGAACUUGAUUGUUUUCUUGAAGUUCACUCUGCUGUGCUCUAAAUUGUAUAUUACUAAUUUGGAGUACUAUGUAAGUCAGUCUAGUCUUGUCUCUAAGUAGUCUCAAAAGGUGUUUUAUGCCUGGAAUGGGCAGUAUCUGGCAUAUUAGGGCAACACAGUUUAUCUCCCAAGUGCCUGCCCAUUGAACCCACUUCUAGAAAUCUGGCUGUUUCUCCUUAGCUUUAAUAACUGGCUUUUCCCCAAACUGAAUGAGCGUUAUCUCAGCCUCUCUAUUUGCAUUUAUCUUUUACUGUACAUUUAAAUUUGUCACUGUUGGAGUAAACAAAGCUUCAUGAAUUAAGAGCCAUGACCCUUCACUGUGCACUGAAAGUUGAUCAUAAACAGGCUUCCCUUGCUUGUGGGCUACAUCCAGUGUUACAACUUGACUGCAGAUGGAAAUCUGUCAUCUAAGAGGGAAGCAAGAAAACCAUAAAAACACCAUCCUCAGAACCAUAAAAAAAAUAUAGGUAAUUCAUAAUGAGUUGGACUGGAAACUUGGACUGUGAAAACAUCCUUAAUUCAACUCCAAAGAACACAGUUUGGCACAUAUCAGGUUUGUGCUUGAUAGAGUUCCUGCAUUGUUCCAUGUACAAGUACAGAGAGAGCAAACUAGUCCCAGUGCUCUAGUAUUACAUUUCUUUUGUAACAAGAUUUUUUUUUUCUCCCUGAAAUUAUAGUUAAAGCAUUUCUGUGGUGUCUGUUUUCUGUAUUGUAUGUGCUGUGUGUUACUUAUUGUGUCUAAUGAAAAAUGUUACUUAAUGUGCCAUAAUGGAAAAUGUAUGCACCAAUACUCUACUCAGUAGCCAAGGGCUAGUGUAAGGAUUUUAGUCUUCUGCUGCAUGGUGGUGUUUCCACUGGUUACAAUGCCUGUUACCCUGAGGUUUCCUGAGCUCAUAGUGGAAGGUCACAUAUGUGCUCCACUUCAAAUCAAGUAUGCUGCCUGAGAGAGCCUUGCAGAUGGAAAAGGCCAGUGAUAAACUUAACCAUAGGGAAAGAGUUUGUUUUCUCUGCCUGCCUUCAAAUUCAGCUGGAACUUGAAAUGAGACACACCAAAACUGUUAACACUAACACUAUGAAGUUAUCUUCAACUAGCAGUUUGGCAACCAGAUUAUCAGGAAAAACAGAAACACAACUGAGGAAAGUGUUUGGAUGUAGCCGAGACAGGGCUUUGAUCCGGAAGUGCAGCAUCAGGCAAUGAUAGCUCUGAGAUCUGUAUAUAUUUAAUUUGACUGAAUAGCUGCUUUGUUUGUGAAAAAAAAGUCAGAUACUUUAUAGGAACAUCGGAAUUGCACUUAUUUCUACAUGUGCUACAUUGCAUAGCUGACCUUCUACAGAUGGAUUUCAUGCAGAUUAAAAUAUAUUGCUGUGUUUGAA